AUGGCUUCGCAGCAAGACACUCAAUCUCCGCCGCUGGUUCACGACUGCUUGAAACUAUUGAAGUCCGAGACAGACGAGCAGCGCCUCGCCGGCCUCGAACUCCUCACCCAAUUUCGCAAAGCCAACGACCUCUCCUCUCUCCUCACUAUUCACCACGCCCUCGGUCCCCACUUUCUCGAUCAACUCCUCCGCACCGCCACCGCCCGCUGCAACGACGCCGUUUUACUUCUCUCAAUCACAGCCCUCGACGCCUUCUGCCGCGUUCCCCAAAUCGCCGCCGCAAACGACGUCGUCUCCAAGAUUCCACUUGUACUCAAACUUGUCUCAACAUCUCAAGAAUCAGACCCAAUUCUCCAAGAAUGCUAUGAGUUUCUGUAUUUGGUGUCUACAGCUUCCGAUAAGGGAGCCACCACAUUGUUCAAUUCUGGGGGCUUCAUCAAAAUGAUGGCUUCUCAUAUACCAGUUUUACCCGACGGUGUUGCUAUUAAGCUUGUGCAAAAUUUACUAAGAACAGUGGUGUUUCUUGAUAUAUAUGUGGCAGAGCUCUCAGUGAUUGUGGCUACAUUGGCAAGGCAAUUUGCUAUGUUGCACAAUGCUGCGAAAUUCGAUGCUCUGCAUCUACUUUCGGGCAUUCUCUCAUCAACACAUUUGAAUUCAGCCCGGCUUCGGGACUCGCUUCGGCUGCUUUCGGAUAGAAACUGGCCAAAUUACAUGCGUGAUGGUGUUGUGGCUAUUUUGCAAAACCAUGUUGGAGCCAAUGAGAAGCUGGAGGCGCUUGUUUUGGCUGAGGCUAUGGUGUCGAUUUUCGGGGAGGGGUGGUUGAUAGGGGAGAUAGAUAAUGUAGGGGAACUUGAUGGGAAGAAAGAGCCUAUUCCGGCUGACAGGUGCUUACUGCUUGUUUUGGAGCAAUCACGAGUUGAGGUUGUUGUUCUGUUGAAAGCACUUGCCUAUUUGAAAAAUGAAGCAAGUAAGAAUUCGAAAUCUUCACCAACUGGUGAGACAGUUUGUUCAAAGAAAAGGAAUGUGGCUCUGCUGUUUUCCUUGGUUGAAAAGAUAAUUAACUUGAUGUCGAAUGCUGUUGCUAGUGAGAAUGAAGAGGAAGUACUUGUUGAUGAAAAUACUUGUGUGAAGAUGAUUGACGGCCUCAAUGAGACGAUUGGUGUGGUUCUGGAAUAUUUACAGGAUGCAAAGGAACAUGGAGAGAGGAAGGGAAAUGAUCUUCUUGCUUCGGUGCGGAUAAUUGGAAGAUAUGUUGCAGAAACUCCCAUUGCAUGCGAAGACAAGGUUGGAGAGCUUUUAGGGUAUAUGCUUUCGACAGAGGGUGAAGAUGAACCAACAGGACCCUUCUACUCGGUAUGCUAUUUGCUUCCAAUGCUGUGCCAAAUGACAGUAGAGAUUGAAGGAUGUAAAGCUUUGAUUUCUUGUGGAGGUCAUAACACUGUUGUUGACUGCCUUGUAAGAUUGAUUCGUCAACAUAAUCGUUAUAUGGGCGAGGAUAAUGGACGUUGCAUCUAUUUUGCAUGGCACACCAUCUUGAAUCUUCUUUCAAACAAAGAGCUAGUGCCAGUGCCAUUGGAUGACUUAACUGCUGUUAAUCUAUUAAAAGCAUUGGCAUAUUGGACAGAGAGCACUCAUGAUGACCCCUCAAUUGUUAUGAUGGCUUCAAGAAUUUGCGCAUUGCUGUUGGAUUUUACAUCGCAGAAGGCUCUUCUUAAGAAUCCUGACUUCGACAAUAACUCUCUUGGUAGAUUGUUUCGGCUGAUUGCAAGAAGUUUGGCUUGA